CCGUGCAGCGCGAGGCAUCCUCCCCGGGGAAACGCAUUCGGUGUAGGAUUCUGAAUAGCUUCCCGAGCCCUGAUCCGAGCGGGAUAGAGAUCCGGAUUGCACAUUUGGCGACCGUGGCAGCUAUCAAAAUGGAUGCCCCUGGGAAAUACGUCCGUGCCCCCCUUCCGGAAACCCGUUUGAUUUUGAAGCCAAGAACACCGGGAAAAUAUGUUCGGGUCCAAACACCAGCAGAAACAAAUGAUACAUUCGAUCAUUAUUUUUCUGAGCCUGAAGAUCGAACGGCAGAACUGGAAGCAAAAAUUUUGGAACUGCAAGGCGUGAUCGAGGAGAUAAACACACGGAAAUCCACUGAAAUAUUGUGUUCAAAAAAAGAAGUCUCGUCAAACGAAGGAUCUAUUCGCUGGGACAUCAUCAAACCUUUCCCGAAGAACGUACCAACUUCUAAGAUGUGGGAGGCUUGGCGGCACUUUAUCGAGGACUUCGAGAUAGCCUCCUCUCUUGCCAAUAUCCACAGUCAGAAGCGUCGAAUGGAUAUGCUUUUGCUAUCGAUGGGAGAUGAGCUUAAAAGCAUCGUCGGAGCUGCCAAACUGCGCCCGCCUGUGGAUGAUGAAGAAUGUUUUAAAAGCCUCGUAAAAAAUAUCGACAAGUACCUGAAAUCGAUGACCGAUCCUGCGGCGGAGCACGAAGCUUUCUCCAAUAUGCGUCAGGAAGAGGGUGAAUCAGCUGUCAGCUUCCACGCCCGCCUUACUGAAAAGGUACAACUUUGCGGAUACAGUGAGGCUGACACUGAGCGAUUUGUUUGGACACAACUAACAAAAGGCCUUCGUAAUGCGGACUUGAGAAAAGAUGCUCGAAUUUAUGGGCACGAUGUGAAUAAAAUAGUCGUCAGUGCAACCAGAGCCGAGGCAUUUGCAUCAGAAUCAGUUCAGGCAUCCUAUGAACGUUCUGCUAUGGCCAUCAGCAGGAGCGUCAAUAAGGAACGGAAUUACCAACGGAAUCGUCCUACACGUGAACCAAACCGUCGAGUACAGUUUAGGAAUCAAAGCCAGAGGUAUAAUCCUUAUGUAUCACAGCAGAGACUACAGGUUUCUCGGCGCAAGCGGUGUGUGAGGUGCUUCGAAAAUCUGCACGAUGGUAAACCAUGUCCCGCAGAAGAGAAACAGUGCUAUCGGUGCAAACAGUUUGGCCAUGUAAUGAAAGCUUGCCGUGCUCCAGAAGUAGAUGUCAUCCAAGACCAAAAUCUGAGUCCUCGUAAUCAGCUCGUCGAUAAGCACGAACAGGUAACAGAUUAGCUUGAAGUUUCUGGAAAAAAAAAACAUAAAUAAAAUGAAUAACUUUUA